GGCAGCGAGAGCCGGAGCGGCGGGCCGGGCGGCCGCGCCGGCGAGCGGACUAGCGGGCGGCGAGCAGCGCGGAGCGCGCGGGGCACCGAGGAGCGGGCGCGGCGGGAGCAGCGCUCGGCGACCAGAGCGGAGAGGCCCGAACGGCGCCGCCCCCGCCGCCCCUGCGGGGCCCCGGCCGGGAGCCGGACGAGGGAGGGGGCGGCAUGGACCGGUGGCCCGGGGCGCGGGGGCGCUAGGCCCCCGGAGGGGCGCCCCCCGCCUCGCCACCGCUGCUGCCGCCGGGCCGCCCUCCGCAACCGCGCGCCGCGCCCGCUCCAGCCGCCCCCGGGGCCGCCGCCGGCCCAUGAGCCCCGACCUCAAAGUUUGCGGCGGGCGGGCGGGCGCGGAGCCUCCAAGAUGCCGUUCCACCCGGUGACGGCGGCGUUGAUGUACCGGGGCAUCUACACCGUGCCCAACCUGCUGUCGGAGCAGCGCCCCGUGGACAUCCCUGAGGACGAACUGGAGGAGAUCCGUGAGGCCUUCAAAGUCUUUGACCGCGAUGGCAAUGGCUUCAUCUCCAAGCAGGAGCUGGGCACAGCCAUGCGCUCCCUGGGCUACAUGCCCAAUGAGGUGGAGCUGGAAGUUAUCAUCCAGCGGCUGGACAUGGACGGCGACGGCCAAGUGGAUUUUGAGGAGUUUGUGACUCUCCUGGGACCCAAGCUUUCUACCUCAGGGAUCCCAGAGAAGUUUCAUGGCACUGACUUUGACACUGUCUUCUGGAAGUGCGACAUGCAGAAGCUGACCGUGGACGAGCUGAAGCGGCUGCUGUACGACACCUUCUGUGAGCACCUGUCCAUGAAGGACAUCGAGAACAUCAUCAUGACGGAGGAGGAAAGCCACCUGGGCACAGCUGAGGAGUGCCCCGUGGACGUGGAGACCUGCUCCAACCAGCAGAUCCGCCAGACGUGCGUGCGCAAGAGUCUGAUCUGCGCCUUCGCCAUCGCCUUCAUCAUUAGCGUCAUGCUCAUCGCAGCCAACCAGGUGCUGCGCAGCGGCAUGAAGUAGGCGCACGCGGUGCAUGGGGCCCCUCUGCGCCCGCCACCGCCUGCAGUCCCCUCCCUCACUCGGCUCCCUGGGCCACCGCCGCGUGUACUUCAGGUCCUGGACAUCUGGCAACCCCACCCCACCCACCCUGUGGGCCCUGCAUGGAGCUGUGGCCUGGCUGUGGAGGGCCCGGUGGUGGCUCUUGAGGGCAGCCCCCAGCCCCGCCUCCACCUUGCCCAUCCUGGCCCGAAUGUAGCACUCACUCUUCCCACCGUCCAGGGGCUCCUGGGAA